CAUGCGCCGUCCGACCCACCUAAUUGCCCGAGGCCGCGCUGGCCUCGUCCGCUUCCCCGUGAAGCUUCCUCCUCCGCCGCCUUCCCCUGGAGCGCUCGCGCAGCGUGAGGCCCUCCGUGCCGCAGCAGAAUUCUUCUCCAACCGCGGCUCCGACGACGACGGCAGCGGAUCCGAGUCGGAGGGCGAGUAGGAAACUAGGAAUGCAGGAUACAGCGGGGUUCCGGCCUCGUCACCUUCCCCGUGAUGCCGCCUCCACCGCCGCCUUCCCCCGGUGCGUUUGCGCAACAUGAGGUCCUCCGCUCCGCAUCGGAGUUCUUCUCCAACCACGGCUCCUCCUCCUCAUCCAAUGAGGAUGGUGGCGGGUCCGAGUCGGAGGGCGAGCAGGACACAACGGAGUUCGUUCCGGGGCCUGUUCGAGCGGGGUGCCGCGUUGAGGGGCAAGUUGGGUCCUGUAGGAGCUUGCAGAUGAAAUGGAGUCCUAGCAAUGGGUCCGCACUACGCUGGCUAUGGUGGGCUCGUGAAGAUGCUAUUCGUGGAGUAUUCUCGCCCAACAUCCGCUUGAUGAAUUGCAUCAUCGUGCUUGAUUUGAUCCUGCUGAAGACAAUGGCGUACCACCAUAUUCUAGUUAAUAAGCAUAGCAUGUGAUGUCAUCUGUUGAUAAGAUAUGAAUCUAUGAUGUCCAGACAUACUAACAUUCCAUUCUCACUGGUGUUUUAUUGGCACUUGAGGCAAUUAGUUCGCUAAAUAGGUAUUUGGUACUGCCUAGAGUAUCUUUCA